GAUCGUUUAGUUGUGCCUGGGAGGUCAGAGGUCAGUGUGCGCGCGCUCUCAUAUAGCACAAGGAACCGACCGGUGACAACAAAAAUCCCAAAGACAUAGCCAUGCUCGAUGAUUGUCUUUCAAAUAGUAAAGCUACAAAACUAAGCGUCUUGUUUUAUUUAUGAUUGUUGGUUUUCUUUACGUAUCGGUUAGUCUGGCUAGCCUCGUUAGCCACUUUAGCUGGCUGAUGAGGGAAUCACAAGCUAACUGCCUCGAGUUCAAGCUAGCUUAACCGAAAAACGCAGAAUUCUUCGACUUGGGAAUAACAAACUAAAGAAAACAUGCAGGACUUACUGGCCAACGUGGAUCAUAUCAAAUUUGACCUGGAGAUAGCUGUGGAGCAGCAACUGGGAGCACAGCCUCUGCCGUUCCCCGGCAUGGAUAAGUCCGGGUCUGCAGUAUGUGAGUUCUUCGUGAGAGGAGCUUGUAUAAAAGGCGGGAUGUGUCCGUUUCGUCACAUCAGUGGAGAAAAGACGGUGGUGUGUAAGCACUGGCUCAGAGGACUGUGCAAGAAGGGAGAUCAGUGCGAGUUUCUUCACGAAUAUGACAUGACCAAGAUGCCAGAAUGCUACUUCUACUCAAAAUUUGGUGAAUGUAGCAACAAGGAAUGUCCCUUCCUGCACAUCGAUCCAGAGUCCAAGAUCAAAGACUGUCCAUGGUAUGACAGAGGCUUCUGCAAACACGGUCCUGACUGCAGGCAUAGACACACAAGAAGGGUGAUCUGUGUGAACUACCUGGUGGGCUUCUGUCCAGAAGGCAAAUCCUGCAAAUUUAUGCACCCUCGCUUUGAAUUGCCAAUGGGAGCUUCUGAACAACCUCCUCUCCCACAGCAGGCCCUGAACCAGACAAAGACUCUGCCUACCACCGGUCGCUCCUCUCUAUCCCUAAUCCAGCUGACCAACUCCAGUCCAGGUCAGCGGAUGCAGAAUAACUUCAACACUGCUGUUCAGCUAAACAACAUGACUGCCAACAGAGGGCCUCGUCCUCUGGACCAGGUUACCUGCUACAAGUGUGGAGAGAAGGGCCACUAUGCCAACAAAUGCACCAAAGGUCAUCUUGCCUUCCUUAGUGGACAGUAACCUUCAGGCUCAAGGUUCGAACACCACAGUGCUGUAAGCUCGCUGCUCCGGUAUGAGCUGAAGACAGGAGACCUCUGUGCUCCACAGGCUGGUGUCAAACCCAAAGAUUUAAAACUCCACUUGUGUGUGCCACCUCACACAGACUGAAGCAAUGGAUGAAAGAAACAAAUACAUAUAUAUUGCCUUUACAAACUGUGGACAUGAUAAAAAUGACACCAGAAAAUGUUUGUGUGCAUUUCAGUUUUCAUACUGUACAGCACACAGCACCACACUGAAGACGAAGGUGUAAGAACAUGACAGGAUCCAGUUUACAGCAUCUUCAAGGGCGCAGUCCUUUAACCCUUCGUCUUUUUAUACGACUCAGGUCAUAUGACUGCACUGAACAAGUGCUAUUGUUCUGUCAUUCUAAUGAAUCUGUUUGUAUUGUGAUUAAUGGUAGUGGGAAUGUACACUUUGGCAGUUUUUACUCUGUUGCCUAGAAAUCACUCUUUCCACACACUUAAGUUUCAGACAUUUGAACCUGCAGAUUUGCAACUGCUUGGAAGCCCUGUGUUUUUCCAUGUGAGGAUUCAGCAAUUAUGGAUCACUUAAAGAUUGUUUUGUUGACAAAACACUGGAUCUGGAGUUAUUGUCUGUGCCAGUAAAUGUUAGAUUUACCUGUGAUCCCCCUUGAUGUUCGCACAAUUAUGGGUUUACGCAGACAUAGUAGCUACUCUUAGUUAUCGUUAAAAUUUCCGUGCAUAAAAGCAGAUCCCACAAAGAAAAUGUGAUAGUGACAUAGUUAUAUAUAAUUUUAUUGGUCACAACAAUCACAACAAGGUAGAAAGAGCGGUGGCCGCUAAGAGGUGGCCCCAGAUGGUCUGAUGGCUGCAGUCAUCAGUGGUACUUCCUCCAGCGAUCAUGUUCUGCAAAAGGAAACAGCAAUGAAGGCAAACAUCAACGACUGGAGAGAAAGAGUUGAGAUGUAAAAAGGAGCUAAGCAGUGUAUAUAUUUCUUACUGAUGUGGUCGUAUUCCCAAACAUAGCUGAGGGCCACAUAACCAAACAGCAGCAUAGCCACACCACCAAUGCCUCCCUUCUUCACAUUGAUAUACUUGUUGUAGUAUCUGUCAUGUCCUGGAAGAAAAGACAAAUAUAACUGGAAACAGAAGACACCAACAGGUUCAGUGUCUUUUCUAAAAAAAAAAAAAAAAAAGUGACCUGAAUGAAUUCACCUCGAUUAAACAGUUUCCAAGCUUUUAAUUUUUUU